GCUCACUUCUCAAAGGUCAGCAAGAUACACUGGCUUAUUUUAAUCGCGGAAGACCCUCUCUUCUAUUCAUAGAGCAGUCAUGUUGGUAGACGAGAUUUGGUUGACCUCCCAUCAUGGCCUUUAACUCACAAGAUGCCGCAAGUCCAUCGGGUCUCCCUCCUUCAGGGCCUGUCUACAAGGUCUACAAGCGUCGCUUCUGGGGGCUAGCGCAGUUGGUGCUAUUGAACAUAGUGGUCAGUUGGGAUUGGUUGACCUUCUCAUCCAUAUCCACCACAGCCUCUCAGCAUUUCGGCGUCUCUGAAAGCGCUAUCAACUGGAUGAGUACAGGGUAUCUCUUUGCCUUUUGUGCUGCCAGCCCUGUUGUCAUCUUCACUCUCAAUAAAGGCGGGCCCAAACCAGCCAUUAUCACCACUUCCACUCUCCUGUUGGUAGGCAAUUGGGUUCGAUAUGCUGGCACUAAAGCCCGCGGAGGCAUGUUUGGCGUCGCCAUGUUCGGCCAGAUCCUCAUCGGUCUGGCCCAACCGUUCUGUCUCAGUGCUCCAACCCGGUACAGCGACAUGUGGUUCUCAGACAAAGGGCGCACCAGUGCCACAGCCGUAGCCACCUUGGCCAAUCCGUUGGGGGCAGCCCUAGGCCAGGUAAUCGAUUCAUUCUGGGCGACGGAGCCCAGCGAGAUCCCCGAUAUGGUUUUGUAUAUCUCCGUCAUUGCGACGAUAGCUGCCCUCCCGUCCUUCAUCCUCCCUUCACAACCCCCAACACCACCGAGCGCAUCCUCUGCAACAACCCGAAUGCCCCUCCUCCCAGCAAUAGCCCAACUCUUCAAGACACUAGAAUUCUGGUUUAUCCUCAUCCCCUUCUCGGUCUACGUCGGCUUCUUCAACAGUGUCUCCUCCCUCCUAAAUCAAAUCCUUUCCCCCUACGCCUUCACCGAAACCGAAGCCGGAGUAGCAGGAGGCAUCCUCAUCGUCGUCGGUCUAAUCAGUUCUGCCAUCAUCUCCCCAAUCACAGACCGCUUCAAGCACUACCUCGGCACCAUCCGCGUCCUAAUCCCCAUCGUCGCAGUCUGCUACAUCGCCCUGAUCUUCGCCCCAUCCAGUCCGGCGGGGAUCGCUCCAUCUUUCGUCGUCUGCGCUCUCCUGGGCGCCUCGUCCUUUGCCCUUCUCCCCGUCGUCUUAGAGUAUCUCGUAGAGAUCACGUAUCCAUUCUCUCCGGAGAUCGGGAGCACGAUCUGCUGGACGGGCGGUCAGCUCCUCGGUGCGGCGUUCAUUCUGGCCCAGGACGCGCUCAAGGCAGAUCGCGAUGCCGAUCCACCGGAGAAUAUGAGGAAUGCACUGAUCUUCUCGGCCGUUAUUGCUGCCGUUGUGGUGCCGUUCCCCAUCUCGAUUGGGUUGUUUGGGAGAGAUGUUAGACGUCGGAGAUUGGAUAUUGAUCGGGGGGUUGAUCUGGAGGGUCGUGAAUAUACUGAUACCGGUCUUGCGGGGGACGACACCCUUACGCCGGGGACUGAGUCGAAAUUUAGUCUGAAAUUUUGGUAGAGAAGUAGUAGUUAGCAGGGUGUUAGCUCGUGGAGUUGAACUAGUUCUUUUGUGUUAGUGGUUGUCAUUGUUCUGCCGUUGCGGAUGCGUCUAUAAUUCUCAUGCAUGUGUUUAUAUGGUGCAGAGUGAUAGUAAUCCUGACCAAACAAGAAGCAGUUCUAAAACCCAGCGUUCAGAAAAUUCAUUGGUAAAGAAGAAGUACGCGUCGUAUGAAACGCAGUGCAGGCCAGUCUGGCAAAAUCCAGUCGAAACUGACGGAAACAGCAAGUCUAAGAGACAAAUGCCAUUCGUUCUAAACACAAGGAAAUUAAGAAGCACAGUUCACAAACAGGCAAAACCCCAGCUAUCUGUACAUACACAGCGAAGGAUGUAUUCCCCCAUCCUCCACUUUUAACACAAAUCCCACAUUAGAGGGGAGUCUAUCCCAUUCUAUGCGAGGGCGACAAGCGGAAACAUGCCAG